AUGACCAGACGCGGGCUUGGAGCGGCUGCGGUCGCCGCAGGAGCCCCUGGCGCUGGAGGUGUGCCGGUCGGAGCCGGUGCAGGUGCUAUGGUGGCAGCUCCCGCAGCUGCUCCAGCAGCCGUGGUCCUGGUUCAGCCCGUUGCCGCGCCCGUGGCACAGCCCUCGAAUGCUGCCAUCGCAAAUGCUGGACCAGUCGCGAGCGACCUCACAGGGAGAGGCCUAGUGUGGGUGGCAGCAGAAGGGACAGCGGCAACAGUGUUUGGCGAGGUGAUUGCAGGCAUAGUGGCACCAGCCGUCGAGGGAGCCAAGCUAGUCCACCGAAUGCCCGAUGGCAGUGAUCUCUUCUGCAUGUGCAUCAGCGAGGCCUCCCGCCUGGCUUUCAACAGUCGGCCGGCCGCAUGUGAUGGUCGUAUCCUGGCCCGAGGCUUCAACACCGUGGGGCAGCCAGAGCGACCGCUUUCGGAGGUGGUGGCUGCUUCGAGGGAAGUUGAGAUGGGUUGGAAAAUAGCCGGCCCACGAACGGGUAUAGAUGCUUGCAACUGCUACGGGGUGGAGCUCAUGUUCAGGCGGGUCCAGACAAUCGAGUACGCUCACUCAGAGAGGGCCCGGGAGAUCGAAUCGAAGACGGUCGGAGGCAAGCUCAGCUUAGAGGAGCAGUACACUUUCGGUUCUUUGGUUCGGCAGGCCGGGACCUUGAUGAUCGCGCCAUCCUUGCUGGAGCAUGUGAAGCAGGAGGUGGAGCGCGACUCGCAGCUCUCGAAGAACUUCAGGAAAGCCCGCGAGGAGCGGGACCUGGCCAAGAAGAAGGGCGGCUAUGAGAACUCCCUUUUUAUUUGGCGACGCACGCGUGUCAAGCGCCGCCUGGAGCGAAGGUGGCACCAGGAGAGUAUGGCUCCUUCACGGGCGCAGCUGGCUGCCUUGGAACACAUGCGAAAUUCGGUGCAUCUUUUGGGGGCUCCCGAUCAGGAGCUCAGUGGUCGAGAGGCGCUUCGGCAGCUUCACGGGUACGGGGAGGACCAAGCCCCGCCACUCGUCGCCUCGUACGAGCCCAGCCUUCUGAGCCUGCCGACCGGUGAGGUGCCACCUGUGCCUCUCCAUUCGCUUCUCGGAGGCGAUGGGAUGAACAUCGUUGAGGACUUCAUCUCAACUCGGCUUUUGCAGAAGAAUGAGGCCCGGGUGUAUCGUGAUUUUGUUCGGCGGCUUUGGGAUGGUGGCCUCGUCGAGUUCACCGUUGAGGAGCCCGUGGAGAAGGUCGAGGCUUUCUUUGUGCGGAAGAAGGACGGUCGGCUUCGGAUGGUGGUGGAUUGUCGGCGGUCGAAUGCCUGGUUUGCCCCUCCUGACAAGGUGAACUUGGCGACGGCCGAGGUUCUCAGCCGCAUCGACUUGGGUGGCACGGACUGCGACCUCUACAUUUCCACUGCCGACCUGAAGGACGCCUUCUACCACUUCGAGCUCCCUUCUCAGCUUCGGCCUUAUUUCGGUAUGCGGCCCCUAUCUGCGGGCGACCUCAGCAUCAACGCUUUGGGCGGUAAGACUUUGAGAGCGUCCUCCUUAAUUUUCCCGCGCCUGAAGGUGUUGCCGAUGGGUUGGACGCACGCCUUGUGGUGGUGCCAAAACAUCCAUCAGCGGGUCGUGGCGAAUGUUGGGGCCACAGCCGAAAAGUGCCUCGAGGAUCGCGCCUCGGUACCGUCUCCGGAGUGCAUGCACUUAGAAUAUGUCGACAAUUUCGUGUGCAUUGGCACGGCCAAAGAUCAAGUCGAGGCACUUGCGGCAGCAGGGGUGCAAGCCUUGAGGGACAAAGGUUUGGUGGUGCAUGAGGUUGAGAGCGGCGAGGGGAACAUCAAGGUUUUGGGAUGGUGUUUUCACGGAAAGAAGCUCCGGCCCUUGUCCCACCGGGUGUGGCGCCUCAUUGCUGCUAUCCGGUUUUUGCUGGACCGUGGCACUUGCAGUGGCAAACAGCUCGAAAAGCGUGAGAAGAGAAUUGCUGAUCUGGACCUCAAUCGCACCUUUGCUUUGGAGAGAUUUGGUGAUUCCCUGGUCAUCGGAGGUCUCGGCGGUCGAUGCCUCAACGUUCGCCAAUUAGGAAAGUAUUCGGAACGAUGGAGGUUUGAGAUCCCCGAGUACCGCUGUCCCCGUGCAAGUGCUUUUGGUGCUGCCGCUAUCGAUGACGAUUCUGAUGAGGCUCGCAGCCUACAGUGGGCCCACAUCGGAGACGGCAAUGCCAAGGCGCGGCCCGUGCCCCUGUCGGUCGUUGAGGGCAAGUUGCUUUCUGAUAGAUUCGUGCCGGUUGCGCCCGGCCAAGUUGAUCGUAAAUGGCGUGUGGUGGGGCGAUAUAAGUGGAAGCGACAAGAGGGCAUGCCGCCGGGGGCGCUCUUUCGGAAUGCGCCGGGUGACUCAACAGCUGGCCUGCCUGUGCUUGUGCUCGGGCAUCAGCGUCCAGUUCAGGUUCUUCCCCUCGGAGUGGAAUCCCGCGGACGGGCCAUCACGUGGCUCUUUGUUUCCAUCAAGCCCCGAGGUGACCCUCUGCAACAUGUGAAGAAAGCCCGUGCGAAGGCCCGGGCCAAAGUGAGGCAGGAGUUCGGGGCGCUGGCGGAGGCGUCGGUAAGCCGGGGUUGCAGGGAGCGGUCCAGCAAACUGUGGAGGCGGAUGUGCACGGCGGCAGGGCUGAGCGUGACCGAGAAGUACUCAGCCAGCGACCUCGAUCUUCCGGCGAGCCAGGUCUUGGAGGACUUGUUCGACGAGGGCGAGGAGUUGAGCCAGGGCCAGUACCUCAUUGCGGCGAUUCAGUUCUACCAGCCCCACCUUCGAGGCAGCAGAGGCGGGGUGGCGUCGACUGGACCCGCCAAAGCCGAGGCUUCCGCUACCUUGGGAAGUCGCGUGCUUGAUGGCUAUGGAGGCCGUCACCCGCAACAUGAUCGAAGUGGCCCUUUAUAUAUUGCUCGCCUUUGUGACCUAUACCUGAGACCGGGAGAAGUGGCCAGACUGUUGGUGGGCGGUCUGGUGCCGCCGAUUGGGGUCGUCACUGCGUGGUCGCUAAUCCUUCACCCGCUGGAGCAGGGGACGCCGUCCAAGACAGGGGAGUUCGACGAGACUGUUUUGUUCGACCUCCCAGAGAUUGUGUGGAUCGCCGAGCAGACUUUCCGGCUGCUCAAGGUGGGCCAUCGAGGCACUUCGGAGCCAUUGUUUUCAGUGGAUCUGGAGACGGUGCGGAGCUUCAUGCAAAGUGUGGGGAGCCGAUACGGCAUGGAAGCAGCGGUGGGCGACCCCCACCCAUACCGUCUUCGCCAUGGAGGUCCGAGCCGCGACAUUCUGUUGGGACUUCGGAACUUGCAGGAAGUACAAAAGCGCGGGCGCUGGCGCAGCUUCAGCAGUGUGCGCCGUUACGAGAAAGGGGGGCGCGUCACCCAGCAGACGCAGGCCCUCUCCAAGGCAACGCGGCAAAAAGCGCUGGAGGCCAGCCGAAACAUCCGCUCCCGCGUGUACAUUGAGAUCUUCUCCGGCAGCGGGAGCCUCGGCAAAGCUCUGGCACAGCAUUGUGGAGGUCUCGUCAUGCUGUGGCGACCUCUUCGAAGCGAUGUGCAGCCUUUGGGGCUGUACAACUUAGGCCCUUCCGACCAAAUCAAAGUGGAGCUGGGUAAUUUGUGGAUGCGCUUCUCUGUCAAGGUAGUGCUCUUGUGCUGGCGCUUGCGGCUUUGCGCCAGUCUGGAGAACCCGCUAACCUCGCGCUUGUGGCUCUGCCCGCCAGUGCGACAUUUGCUUCGCCGGCCACACGUUGGCCGCUGGACAACUCACUACUGUGCAUGGGGCAAGCCCUUCAAGAAACCUACAGCUUUCCUUGGCGUACACAUCGGCCUGAGCGUGCUCGAGCUCCACAAAUGUCGGGGCAAGCGCAUCUGUGAUUUCACUCAGCAGCCGCAUGUACCACUACAGGGACGCACUGCAGCAGGGCAAUGGCGCACCAAGUGGGCCGAGCCUUAUCCCUCUCGUUUGUGCAAUGUCAUUGCCAAGGCAUUUUACAAUGCGGAAGUUGCAGUCCUAGCGCGAAGAUUUGAGCAAUGCUAUGCUCGGUCAUGA